UGAUGAUUCUUAUUCUAAGCAAGUCUUUUCGAAUUUGGUCGCUAUGAUUAACUUCAUUCCACUAGCCAAUUGAUUCUUAGCAAGUCAAUUGAUUUUGAUUCGUAAAAGAAUAAAUCAUGAACUUGCAAGAAAAUGAGAGAAACCAAACCCACCAAGGCUCUUUUAUUGGAAUUGGGAAUAAAUAUCGAAUUUCUACGAUUAUGUUAUGUACAUUCAUAAUGUUUAUCUAUUUAGAUUUUGAUGUUUUCAAAUCAAAAUAUUAAAAUAAUCUAGAAACUCCAUCUGUAUGGAGAUCCAUAAUUACUCCUAUUUUUUGGUAUAUAAUUUAAAUCAGUUACGAUUAUGGAUAAUACACAUAUUUUGCUAAGUAUCUUUUGCUCUGUUGCAGUACUUAUCGGUUGCAGUACAAUCUCUCUGAGUUGCAUAUAAACCCCUUUCGUCUCUGUUUUUGACCGAUCAAGGCAUAACAAUAUCUUUGUGGGUUUUUUAAUCUGAUUUUGAUAUUGUUGGGUUAGUAAUUUUUUGAGAAAAAUGGAUCUUGAUUUAACACCCAAGUUGCCCAAGAAAAUUUAUGGAGGAGAUGGAGGAUCGUACUAUGCGUGGAGCCCAUCAGAGUUGCCAAUGCUGCGUGAAGGGAACAUUGGUGCUUCGAAACUCGGUCUUGAAAAGAAUGGCCUUGCUCUUCCUUCUUACUCUGAUUCCAACAAGGUCGCUUAUGUUCUUCAAGGCAAUGGAGUCGCUGGAAUUAUCCUUCCUGAAAAGGAAGAGAAGUGUAUUGCAAUCAAGAAGGGUGAUGCUAUUGCUCUUCCUUUUGGAGUUGUAACCUGGUGGUAUAACAAGGAGGACACUGAAUUGGUAGUUCUCUUCUUGGGUGAUACCUCGAAGGCCCACAAAGCCGGUGAAUUCACUGAAUUCUUUCUUGCUGGUCCCAAGGGCAUGUACUCUGGUUUCACUACUGAAUUUGUGAGCCGAGCAUGGGACUUGGAUGAAAAUACUGUUAAAUCCCUUGUUGGAAAGCAGUCAGGUCAUGGAAUUGUCAAGCUUGGGGCAGGUGUUAAGAUGCCUGAGCCAAAGAAGGAACAUCGCGAAGGUAUGGCUCUGAAUUGUGAGGAAGCUCCUCUAGAUGUUGACGUUAAGAAUGGUGGACGGGUUGUCUUGUUGAAUACUAAGAACCUUCCUUUAGUCGGGGAGAUUGGCCUUGGUGCUGAUCUGGUUAGGUUGGAUGGAAAAGCCAUGUGCUCUCCGGGUUUUUCUUGUGAUUCUGCUUUGCAGGUGACUUAUGUUGUGAGGGGCAGUGGCCGAGUCCAAGUUGUUGGCGCUGAUGGCAAAAGGGUGUUGGAAACAACCAUCAAGGCUGGUAAUCUGUUCAUUGUUCCAAGGUUCUUUGUUGUUUCAAAGAUCGCUGACCCUGAUGGCAUGGCGUGGUUCUCAAUCAUCACCACUCCUAAUCCUAUAUUCACAAAUUUGGCUGGAAAGACAUCAAUAUUGAAGGCUGUAUCACCUGCAGUGUUAGAGGCAUCUUUCAAUGUAGGACCAGAUUUGGAGAAAGCUCUUCGCUCCAAGAGGAUGUCUGAUGCAGUUUUCUUUCCUCCACCGAACUAAGCAACUUGGCUCCUUGGUUUUCAGAUUAGUGUGCUCCUAAUAAAUCAAUAAAAGAUUAUAUGAGUUGUAGACUUAGAGGAGAUUACUAGAUGUGGUUUCUGUUUGAAUAUAAGACUCCUUCAUCCCUCUCUAUUGUUCUAUGUUUCCUCUUCAAAAUGAAAUUGCUCUGUUUGGGGGGCAAUUAUGGUUA